CACAUAACCGCACCGAGCCCGCACCGCGUCCUCCCCGAGCAGAGAUAGCGACACGGACAAAUGUUGGUGACGGUGGUAGGAGAACACACUAGCCCGUCACCGUUCCGGGUGACGGUCGUUAGUAUAUGUUAGUACACUUCUCAGCGCGGUGGUUUUGUCUGUUUCGGUCAUGUUCUCAAAAUUUCGAAAUAGUGAUUUGGCAAUGAUUGCCUUGGCUCUACAGGAAGGAGAUGAAGAGGCAACUUUGAGGGGACGAAGAAAGAGGAUUUGGGUUGACAGUGCAUGGAAAUCAAGACCCAUUGAAGGAGAAUUUAAUACCCUGUUUCCCCGUCUCAUGGAUGAUGAAAUCAAGUUCUACGGAUAUUUUCGAAUGACACAAAAUACUUUCUAUCUUCUUCUUAACAAAUUGCAAAUAACACUAAAGAAAAACGACACUUUCUGGAGGACAUGUAUUCCACCAAGAGAACGUCUGGCUGUGUGCUUAAGGUUCCUUGCAACUGGUGAUACUUUCAAGACUAUUUCAUUCAGCUACAGGAUGGGAAGAUCCACUGUAGCUUCUAUCAUUCACAGUACAUGUAAAGCAAUUGUGGACGUUAUUUUAAACGAGGUCAUGCCUGUGCCAGAUGAAGCAAAAUGGAACACUGUUGCCUCCGAGUUCUGGGAAAAGUGGCAGUUCCCCAACUGUAUUGGUGCCUUAGAUGGGAAGCAUGUUACAAUUCAAGCUCCGAAGUUAUCGGGAAGCCUGUACUGGAAUUACAAACACACAUACUCCAUUGUACUUCUUGGUUUAGUUGACCCAUGCUACAACUUCAUUGUAGUAGAUGUGGGAGGUUAUGGAAAAAACUCGGAUGGAGGAAUUUUUUUAAACUCGAAUUUCGGUAGAGCUCUGGAGCAUGGCCAGCUCAAUGUUCCUAACAGUAGAACACUACCCGGAAGCAAUGUUGAACUGCCAAUGGUCAUUGUAGGUGACGAAGGCUUUCCUCUCAAAAAUUAUAUGAUGAGACCUUACCCAGGAAAAGGUUUGACAGAUGAAAAGAGGAUAUUUAAUUAUCGUCUAAGCAGAGCAAGAAGGAUUUCUGAAAAUGCGUUUGGAAUUUUAGUACAGAAGUUUCGCAUAUUCUCUCGGCGGUUACAAGGAAAACCGGAAAACAUAUCAACUUUAAUACUAGCUGCUUGCACCCUUUACAAUUUCAUAAGACAAAAUGAAGGAAGUAACAUGGCAGCAUCAACUGAUAACACUGAGGAUAUUGAAAGCACCACAAUUGCUGGAGGGGCCUGCAGUCUUCAAGACCUACCCCGUCUACGAGGAGGAUCAACGAGAGCAGCAUUUGAUUUGCGUGAUAAACUCAAAGACUUCUUCAACUCUCCUGUUGGAAGUGUAGAGUGGCAAGAAAGGGCUGCACUGAGAAUAUAAGACACCCAACUAACGUUUGCACUUUUACCUUACAAAUUUGAAUAACUUCAACCUUUCUGUGUACAUUCAUUUGACACACCAACUACGUACUAUAAAAACAUGUAACAUACCUGGC